CUUACGAGUCUUUGACGUCGGUCAAAGCCCGGCCGACUCCGACUGCUCAAGUUCCUCAGCGCCAAGUCUUUCAGCUGGCUGCUCGCAGGCAGGCAUAUUUGCCACCACGAUGCAGCAGCUCUAAGUAUGCGGGCUAGCAUAGCAGCACACAGGCGCAACGCAGGAGCCGACACGUCACAGUCGCUGCACCGUUUCCGGAGUGGCCACGCUCUCUAACGAUGAGCGUGGCGGGUGGGUCUCUGCAGUCUGGCGGCCCUCCCCGCACCUCGACCACUCGAAGCAAGAUCCUAGAGGGUCUUGGCACGCAGCCCUCUAUGCGCCGCGCACUGGCGCGACUGGGUGCCGGGCUGGGUGCCGCCGAGGGGCCCGCCUCCCCGCUGCUUGCGCAGCACCAGUCCGCGGGCGGGCUCUUCAACACCACGGGGCUCCUUGGCGUGUCGGCGAGGCACCGGCUGCUCGGGGGUAGUGGCGGUGGAGGUGGCGGCAGCUGGGUACUGGCGCCGCCGCUAGCCGCAACGGGCCGUGCCGGGGGCGCAGGCGCUUCCCAGGGCGCGGCGGCGGUGCCCAGUGCCGGUGGCGGAGGCGGCGGUGGUGGCGGAACCGGUGGGGCUGGGGGUGCCGCCAGCGCGCGGGCGCCGCGGCCACUGGCGCGGGGGUGGCGCGCCCCCGGCCCGGAUGGCGGCGGCGGCGGCGGCGGCGCCGCCGGGGCUGGGUCUGACGGCGCCUCGGGUGUGUCCACUCAGUUGGACCGCAAGCUGUUGGAGCAGAAGCGCCUGCAGGGCGAGGCGGCACGGCUCCGCAAGGACUACGACAACCCAGACCCCCGGCUGGUGCUGCUGCAGGCCGCCAAGGCCCUGGCAGACAGCCCGCCGGCGGAACGGCAGGCGGCGCUGGCGGCGCUGGCGGCGGGGCAGCCGCUGCAGCCGCUGCCGCGCACAGCCCUGCUGCCGGCGGCGGCUGCAGCCGCCGCUACUGGGGGUGGCGGGGGCGGCCCGUACGGGCAGCAGCAGUACGGAUAUCCGCAGCAGUACGGGCAUCCGCAGCAGUACGGGCAUCCACAACAAUACGGAUACGCACAACAGUACGGAUACCCACAGCAGCAGUACCCGUACGGGUAUCCGCCGGCACUGCCGCAGGAUGCCGCUGCCUCAGGCGCUGACGCCCAUGCGGCCGCAAACUACUACAACUACUACUACCAGCAGCAGCAGCACCCGCAGCAGCACCCGCAGCAGCAGCAGCACCCGGGGCCGAAUGGCUGGCACCCGCAGCACCCGCAGCAGCAGCAGCAGCACUACCAGCAACAACAACUCCCAAACCAGCAGUACCACGCAUACGCAACUGCUGCCCAUGCCGACCCGUACAGCAUACCGCAGCAGCCGCCACCGCAACAGCAGCUGCAGCCACACGUAGUGACGGAUGCGGCGGCGGCGGCGGCGGCGGCGGCGGCGGCGGUGACGCCAUCGCCGCACCUUGCAGCGGAGGCCGUGUUGGGUGUCUCCGGGCCAGCCGCUGCUUUCGCUGAUGUAGGCGGCGGCGGUGCAGGUGCAGGCGGCAGCCCUAGCGGCGGCGGCGGAGCAAGCGAGCUUGAUGGCACGGGGUUGCUUGGACGGCGGCGGCGGAAGGCCCGGUCGACGGUGGAUGCCGUGGUGGAGGCGCAGGUGGCGGCGGCGGCGGCGGCACAGGCGCAGGCGGCGGAGGCGAAGGCGGCUGGGGUGCAGGCGCAGGCUUUGCCUCCGCCCCCGCCGCCCCCAUACGACCUCCCUCCACCACCGCCACCGCACUUGCCUCCGCUGCUGCCUCAGCAGGCGCAGCAGCAGCCGGCACGCAGCUAUCAGCCGCAACAAUACCAGCAGCCGCAGCUACAGCCGGCGGCGCCGCAGCCGCCGCCAGGCUGGCCUGCGGAGCACCCAUCACAGCCGUACCAGCAGCUGCAGCCGCAGUACGGCGACCAGCAGUACGCUGGGCAGUACGGCAGCCAGCAGCAUCAGCACCCUCAGCAGUACACUGAGCCGUACCCCGAGCAGUACCCUGGCCACCAGCCGGUGCCGUACGGCAACCCACACUUGCAGGACCCUCAGCAGCACUUGCAUGCUCUGGCACCCAGCGGCCUGGCACCCGGGGAGCAAAUGGCGGCGCUGGAGGCGGCGAUGGCUGCGGAGGCGGCGCGGCUGGAGCAGGAGAAAGUGGCGGCGGCGGUGGCGGCUGCCGCCGCCGCUGAGGCAGCUGCCGCUAAGGCGGCGGCGCUGGAAGCGCCAGCGGCGCCGGCGGCGCCGGUUAAGAAGACGAGAGCAAAGCGUAAGAAAAAGACCGACGAGGUUGUCGCUGACCCCGACGCGGCGGCGGCGGUGGCGGCGGCAGCGACGGGAGCCGAAGAGCUGGCGGCCAUUGCCGCGGCUGUUGCGAAGCCCAAGCGAGCAGCGCGGAAGGCACCGGCGGCGGCAUCCACUGACAGUGGAGUCGAGGCGGCCGCCGCUAGCCCCACUGCCAGCGGCCGCGGCGGUGCGGCGGCGGUGGCGGCGCGUACGGCCGCGGCGGCGGCGGCGCCGCCGUACCUGGAGGAUGUAUUGGACCUGCCGCCAGCGGCGCCGCGGCGGCUGGAGGAGUGGCCGGACUUCUUCUGGGCGGCUGAGGGCUACGCCACCAAGCAGCCGCUGCGGGCGGCGCCGCCGGAUGACGUGCUCAUUGUGGACACACCCGAGGUGGCUCGUGCGGUUGUGGACCGGCUGAUUUCCGCCGCCGACACGCCCUACCCCGGCGCCGCCAACCGCACCAACCCGCCCGUGCCCUGCCGCUACUUCGCCUGCGACACAGAGGUGGCCUUCAUCGACGUGACCUCGGAGACGCCCGUGGGUCACGGCGCCGUGCUGUGCUUCUCAGUGUACGGCGGGGACGACAUGGACUUUGCGGAUCUGGAUUCGCUACAGUACGGCAGCGCCGCCGCCUCCGCCGCCGCCGCCGCCGGCCAGCCGCAGUACCAGCAGCAACACCAGCUGCAGGCGCAGGGCCUGCAGCAGGGGCGGGCGCAGGCGCAAGGGCAAGGGCAGCAGCAGCAGCAGCAGCAGCAGCAGCGCAAGGACCGGCUGUGGGUGGAUGUGUGGGCGGAGGUGGAGCUGGGGCCGGAUGGGCGACCCAUCAUGGACGGACGAUACGUCCGCCUCAAGCCGCACCACCCCAUCCUGGCCGAGUUCAAACGCUUCUUUGAGCACGCGGGGGUCAAGAAGGUGUGGCACAACUACGGCUUUGACCGGCAUGUGCUUGAGAACAUGGGCAUUGCGGCGGCGGGCUUUGGCGGCGACACGCUGCACAUGGCGCGCCUGGCGGACGCCAGCCGCAGCGGCAAGAAGACCUACGGCCUGGACAGCCUCACCAGCGACCGCGACAUCAUGCGCUACUUCACGCCGUUCACAAUGGAGCCGCCCGCCCGCGAGCGCACCGGACACCGCCGCCGCGGCAUCGCCGCAGCCGCGGCCGCAGCCGCCGGCAGCGGCGGCAGUGGCUACGGCCCGCCCGGCCUGGGCCCAACACCCACUGGUGCCGCCGGUGCCGGUGCCGGUGCUAAUGCUGUCGGUGGCGUGGGUGCAGACGGGGGCGGGGGUGGGACGUGGCUGGGCAGCAGCCCGGGCGCCAAGGCGGAGGCGCUGGUGCGAGACAUGGUCCGGGCCAAGCUGGGCAUGAAGGAGCGGUUCGGCAUGUACCGGCUGCGCGGCGACGGCCCCGCCAAGGUGCCCGAGCUGCCGCCCAUACACCGCCUGCACGACCACCCGCGCUUCCGGCCCACCUGGAUCGACUACUCGGCCCUGGACGCCAAGGCCACGUGGCAGCUGCGGGAGGCGCUGGAGGCCAAACUGCGGGCGGAGCGGUGGGAGAUGGAGCCCGCGCUGGCCAAACAGCUGGGCUACGAUCCUGACCUGCUGCAGCAGCUGCAGCAGCAGCAACAGCAGUUGGCGGCGGCGGCGGCAGAGGGGGCGGCGGCAGCGGCGCCUGCACCUCCGGCUCCGUGUUCCCCUCCUGCCCAGGGUCAGCAGCAGUUCUUGCACCUGUGGCACUUCUACUGCGCCUAUUGGCUGGACUUUGGCGAGCUGCUGACUGAGAUGGAGCGGCGCGGAAUGAUGGUGAACCGCGAGCACCUGAGGCAGGCGCAGGUCAAGGCCGAGGCGGACCGAGCCGCGGCGGUGAAGGAGUUCCUGGACUGGGCCGACAGCAAGGUGGCCGGAGCACGGUUUAUGAAUCCGGGCAGCGGCAGUCAGAUUCGGAUGCUGCUGUUCCCCGACCACCCCGGAUGCGCUACCAAGGCGGCGGCGGCCGAGGCAAACAAAGCCAAGGCGGCGGCGGCGCGCGCGGCGGCGCGGGGCGGCCGCGGCGGCGGCGGCGGUGCUGCUGCUGCUGCUGGCGGCGGCGCCGGUGGUGGUGCGGAGGGGGCGGCGAAGCCGCUGGGCGGCGCGGAGAACGGCAGCCGCAUUAUCAAGGUGCUGAACCCCAACUAUGAGACCGACAAGGCAGCCGGCAUCAAGGUGAGCCGCUACAUGAAUGUGGAGCUGCACGGCAUCUGGGGCCGCGGCGUGCCUGGCCGCCUGCAGCCCGAGGCCGUCACCGCCACCAACGCCGCCGCCGUCAGCAUCCGGGUGCUGCGCGGGCUGGCCGGCAAGCCCGGCGCCGCGCGUAAGGAGCUUGCGGCGCUGCUGGAGCGGCGCGGAGGCGAGGGCGGCGAGGGCGGCGGCGGCCUGGGCGGAGAGGAGGAGGAAAUCCGCGAGGUGGCCCGCACGGCCGACGGGCGGCUGCUGGGGGCGGUGCCGGUGGUGGACGACGCCGCGGCGCUGGCGGCACUGCAGAAGGAGGCGGACGACAAGAAGCUAGGGCGGCUGUUUGUGGCAUGUGGCGGCGGCGAGGAGGGACUGCGGGCGUGUGUGGCCAUUGAGGCGCUGUGCGAGGUCAACGCCAUCGACAAGCUGCUGAGCGCAUUCAUCAUCCCGCUGCAGUCCGACGACACCUCCUCCACCACGUGGCUCCCCCUGCCCGCCGGCGCGGCCGCGGCAGCCGCCGACCCCCACCCCCUGCUGCGGCAGAACCCGCACCCGCAGCAGCAGCAGCAGCUUGCGGUGGCGGCCGCGGCGGCGGUGCGGUCAGCACAGUCACAGGCGGUACAAUCCGAGGCGGCAGUACAAUCCGAGGCGGCGGUACAGGCGGUACAGUCGGAGGCGCAGGCGGUACAGGCGGUACAGGGCCAGGCGGUACAGGUGUACCGGCCUGUGCACCGAGUGCAUUGCUCGCUCAACAUCAACACCGAGACAGGCCGGCUGUCAGCGCGGAGGCCCAACCUGCAAAACCAGCCGGCACUGGAGAAGGACCGCUACAAGGUGCGCCAGGCCUUCACUGCCGACGUGGCUGCGGGCCACACACUGGUGGUGGCGGACUACGGACAACUGGAGCUGCGGCUGCUGGCGCACAUGACCGACUACAAGGUGUUGCUGGAGUGGGACGGCGAGGGCGAGUCGCCCCUGCCGCUGGUGAAGGACCUGUACGCCAGCGAGCGCCGCAAGGCCAAGGUGCUCAACUUCUCCAUCGCCUACGGCAAGACGGCGCACGGCCUGGCCGCCGACUUCAAGACCAGCAAGGAGGAGGCGCAGGCCACUGUGGACAAGUGGUACGCGGACCGCUUUGAGGUGCGGCAGUGGCAGGAGAAGACCAAGGAGGGAGCCAGGCAGGAGGGCAAGGUGCGCACGCUGCUGGGCCGCACCCGGCCGCUGCCCGGCAUCAACGCCCCGGACUUCAAGUCCAAGGGCCACAGCGAGCGCGCCGCCAUCAACACACCCAUCCAGGGCUCCGCCGCCGACGUGGCCGCCGCCGCCAUGGUGGCCAUCGCCAAGAGCCAGGAGCUGAGGGCCACUGGCUUCAAACUGCUCAUGCAGAUCCACGACGAGGUGAUCCUGGAGGGCCCCAAGGCCAACGCCGACGUCGCCAAGCGCCUGGUCAUGAGCCUCAUGGCCAACCCCUGGAGGGAGCUGGCCAAGCACUGGAACGCACCGCCCCCGCCACUCCAGAAUCCGCAGCACCAGCAGCAGCAGCAGCAGCUGCAGCUGCCGCCGGCUUCGGAGUCGUCUGUUGCUGCCACCGCAUCGGAGGCUCCCCGGCACCUGGCCUCGGGCGAGGGCUGGGUGCGGCCGCCGCCGGCGCUGCCCGGCGGCCACCUGGCGGGCGUGUGGCGAUGGGACGACCCGGCGGUGGCGGCGCUGGCGGCGGCGGCGGCGGCGGGUGCCGCAGGCAAGGGGGGGCAGGAGGCGGGCGGUGGGGCGGCGGCAGGGGAGCAGGGGCCGGACCAGUCUCCGGCGGCGGCGGCGGCGGCUCCCAAGAAGGCGCACGAGGUGAUGCCGCUGCUUGUGGAGCUGGCCACGGACUGCAACGUGGCCGACACGUGGUACGAGGCCAAGUAGAGGAGGAGGAGGUGGAGGAGGAGGAGGAGGAGGAGGAGGAGCAGGAGGAGGAGGAGGGGGAGGAGGAGGAGGGGGAGGAGGGGGAGGAGGAGGAUGGAAAGGGGAGGGCGGGGAACUGCAGUGGCGGGGCAGCCGCAGGGUAGUCCCGUGUCUGCAUGUAUGGUCAACGGUGCUACCUGAGGUAUGUGGUUUGAAGGCGGUGCGGUGGGACAUAGCAAGGGAGCAAGUGGCUGAUACAGUAGAGUCCCGAGAAACAAACUGCAUCCAGCCCAGGCACGGAUGAGCGUAUGGAAAGGGCGUAUGGAAAGGGCGUGUAUUGAAGGUGGUGACAUAUGGGUGGGGCGGCGGUGACAAGAGGCGCCGCACGACAUGGCAAGAGGCGGCUGAUCUCUUCUCUAAAGUGUUGCAUCUUAUUAUCGUUGUGUAUGUGUACAUUGCUUGGUUGGAGUUAGCGUGCCCCGGCCCCCGCAGGGGGCGCGGCGCACCUACACACUUCAGA